UCCUCCUUAAUCUAAAUGGGCGACUUUCCUUACAGGGAGGUGCUGUGCAAGAUGGCAGCUCAAGUGGCGAUGGCGAAUGGCUCUCUUGGGGUCUCCAUGCAGUCUCCUGUCCAACAGCCCUCCAGUGUGUCCAUCGAUGAUGUCAUUCUGGCCACUUCCCCCAGCAUUGAAAACCACCACCCAGAACCAGCGGAAGAAGCAGAUUCGCCGGCGGCAGAGAUGUUCCGGUCCAAAGCUCCACUUUCUGUAGGACUCUGGACCUCGAAGAGGGAUGGGGAAGUCCUCCUGAGGAUGGAUGAAAGCGGAAUCGGGUCCGAGACCCCCAUCACCGUCCACGAACUUCUUCUGAACUCCGUCAGUCAAUUCGGCGACUAUCCGGCCCUGUCUUCCAAGAAAGACGGCAGGUGGACCAAACUCACUUUCAAGGAGUACUACCAGGAGUGCCGGGGAGCCGCCAAGAGCUUUCUAAAGUUGGGCCUGGAACGCUUUCACGGCGUUGGUAUCCUGGGAUUCAAUUCUGCCGAAUGGUUCAUAGCGGACAUCGGAGCGAUUCUGGCUGGAGGUUUUGCUGUUGGCAUUUACACAACCAACUCCCCGGAGGCCUGCCAGUACGUCGCAGAGAACUGCGGAGCCAAUAUCAUUGUGGUGGAGAACGACCGGCAACUUCAGAAAAUCUUGGAGGUUAAGAGCCAGUUGCCUCUUGUGAAGGCAAUCAUCCAGUAUGGCGAAGAGCUCAAGGAGAAAAGGCCAAAUCUGUACACGUGGAGCGAGUUCAUGGCGCUUGGGGCCAGCGUCUCAGAUGACCAGCUUGACAAAAUCAUCGCGUCCCAGAAGCCCAACCAAUGUUGCACCCUGAUCUAUACCUCGGGGACGACGGGUCAGCCCAAAGGAGUCAUGUUGAGCCACGACAACAUCACCUGGACGGCCCGGGCAGGAGGCAAUUACGUCGGCUUGAGCAAAGCGACGGAGCGUCAGGAGGUUGUGGUCAGCUAUCUGCCUCUCAGCCACGUGGCUGCGCAGAUGAUUGACAUCUGGCUGCCGAUCACGUUUGGAGUCCACACCUGCUUUGCACAACCGGAUGCUUUGAAGGGCACUUUGGUGGAGACCCUCAAGGAAGUGCGGCCCACGGCGUUCCUGGGGGUCCCUCGCGUCUGGGAGAAGAUGCAGGAGAGGAUGAAAGGCGCCGGGAUGAAGUACUCCGCCUUGAAGAAGCGGAUCGCCGCCUGGGCAAAAGUCGUCGGGCUGGAGACCAACCUGAGACGAAUGAAUGGACUUAAAACUGGAGGCUCACAGCGCUUGAGGGAAGAAGACAGGUCCGACGAGCUCCCUCUGAAUUUCCGCCUGGCCAGGAGCUUUGUCUUCAAGAAAGUGCGUAAACAGUUGGGCCUGGACCGCUGCACCAAAUGCUACACGGGAGCCGCUCCCAUCACAAGAGACACCCUGGAAUAUUUCCUGAGCCUCGACAUUUGCAUAUAUGAGCUAUACGGCAUGAGCGAGAGCUCAGGGCCUCAUACGGCUUCGUUCCCGAGUUCGUACAAACUGGGAAGUUCUGGCAAAGAGAUCAGGGGCUGCAGAACGAUGCUCUUCAAGCCGGACUCCGAAGGCGUUGGUGAAAUUUGCUUCGCUGGGCGCCAUGUCUUUAUGGGUUACCUGAACAUGGAAGACAAGACCAAAGAGGCCAUCGAUGACGAGGGAUGGCUGCAUUCGGGGGACCUUGGGAAACACGACGCAGACGGGUUCCUCUACAUUACGGGAAGAAUCAAAGAGUUAAUCAUCACAGCCGGUGGUGAAAACAUCCCUCCUGUCCCGAUCGAGGAUGCCAUUAAAGAGGCGGUCCCCAUUCUCAGCAACGUCAUGUUGAUAGGGGACAAGGCCAAAUUCCUUGCGAUGCUCAUGACUCUGAAGUGCGUGGUGAACCUAGAAACCGGAGAGCCGGAAGACGCGCUGACGCCUCAAGUCAUCGAGUUCUGCCAUAAACUGGGCAGCAAGGCCACCAAAGUGUCCGACAUUGUGAACAGCAAAGACCCGGCUGUGUACAGCGCCAUUCAGAAAGGGGUCACGUCCGUCAACGAACGAGCCACUUCGAAUGCUCAGAAAAUCCAAAAGUGGAUGCUUCUAGACAAGGAUUUCUCUAUCGCAGGCGGAGAACUGGGCCCCACGAUGAAACUAAAGAGGCCCGUGGUCGCCAAGAUGUACAAACAGCAAAUAGACCAGCUUUACGCGGACUAAACGAGCACCUAAUGAUCGCCGGAGCAAUGCAUACCCGCCGGUCUGCCUCUAUCAGAAGUCCAAUCUUCGCUGCACGGAUCGCCUUCAUAUGGAAAGAGAAGUGCCACCGUCUCUCGCUCCUCUUUUCACUACCCUUAUUGAGAAACGAGGUUUCAAUAAAGGCAACUCCCCGAAUUCAGCUUGGUUUCUCUCCUCGCCAGUUGCUCCCUGUCCCACCCACCCCUUCCAAAGCGGUAUUUCGGCUGCAAAACACCAGUGGCCUUUGCUGCUUUUCUGUCUCUCCCCGCCCCCUCCUGGGCUUGGUUUUGGAACCCCAUUUUGGCACAGGGCUCCAGCCUGCUCUUGUGGCUUUGCACCCGGGCAAUGUCCCUCGCCUUUUCUGCCACCUCUGUGUCUUCCACAACCCACCUUCACCCUUUCUAGAAAUUGAAUGUACAGAGAGUGUGGUUUUUGUCCCCUAACUGUGCCUUGCAGGGGAGGAAAAACCCUGCGGUUUAGACGUGCAAAUAAUGGCAGCAUCGCCUGUCCCCACGGUCUAAACAGAAUUCUAUUCUAGCAAGCGGCUGGCGGGAGUUGCAGUGAAACCAUCUCCCCACUGAACCGACUUCCUUUCUUCUUUGUUGAAACGCGGCACAACUUUAUAGUUGUGCGAGCUUUUCCCCACCCUCUCCCACAGACACCCACGACCCACCGAGAAACAACCACAGAUGUCUUUCACGUGUGGAUAAAAGGAAAUCCGGUGCACUCACUAAAAUCCUUAUUAUUAUUAUUAUUUAUAUUUUGGAGUCCGUUCACUUGGUGAGGCUCGGCUGUAGCAUCCGUUUGCGUGGAGCCUUUUUCGCAGAAACACAGGCAGCAGCGACUCUUACGAAUGUUUCCCCUCUCCUCCUGGCAACCAGAUUUUAGCGGUUCCUCCUGCGCCACCGAGGGAACGUUGGAAGGUGGUGGGACGUUGGAAAAUCCUUGUCUGUGAACGUGCUUUUUGCCCUCUGGGGGAAAUGAGCACAUGGGACUCCCUGGCAUGCAAGAAAGGACUCUAAAACUCUUAUCUGAAAGUUGUGCCCAUUCAAUCGUGCCACAAGCGUUGCCAGGCUUGGGAGAACAUCCGUGUAGCUUUCUGAGGCUGGUUCCUGUUAUUUUAUAGUUUUAUUUCCCUCUCCUUUUUGCCUGUACUUGCUAAUUUGACUACAGAUGUAAGACCUACCCACAGCGAAAUAAUUCUGGGAAAUAUUUGCUCUCCAAUGCCUCUUGUUUAUGCUGAAGCUGUUAAACCUCGUCGUGGAGAGACACAAUAUGUUCUGGUGUGCUGCAGAGUUGAGAAAUAAUAGCCUAUGGGGGUAUUGUUGUAGGGUGUUUGGCUUUUGUUUUGUUUUGUUUUUUUAGAGAGAGAGAGUUGUGCCCGUGCAGGGAUAGAGGGAGGUAUCUGGGUGUAAAGCGAGGAGCUGUUGACGUCCAAAGAAAAUACUUCCGGAAUGUAAAUGGCACUGGGUAUUUGGUGUUGUGGUUAAAUCAUGUUUGCAAUUGAAUGUAUUGGGGUUAAAAUAUCGGGGCAGUUGAGGGUCCUUUUGUACCCCCUCAAAAAAAAAGACAAUGUUUGCUAUGAGCCAAGGUUUAUGUACACCUCGCCUGCCCUGUUGGAAUGAGUGUUUAAUAAAAUUUCCGAAUAUCUCAA